AGAGUUGAAGAACAUUGCAUUUUGAUUAUUUCUCACUAAACACUGGUUCUCUUAGACAACCAGCAAAAAUGCUAACAUUUGAUGAUGUUUUGAAGGAGGUCGGAGAGUUUGGAAAAUAUCAGAAAUGGAUUACCCUGAUUUUGUCUAUCAGUGGAGUGACAUUCUCAUUUCUGAUCGUUGUAGUUAUUUUCCUGGGAACUCCUCCGAAGCACAGAUGCAAAACCCCAGGAUCGGCUGAACUAAGAGAAAGGUGUGGGUGGUCUCUGGAAGAGGAAAUGAAUUACACUCUACCUCUGGACAGCUCAAGCAGCACCUCAUACAGCCAGUGUGAGAAAUACAAUAUAGACUGGAAUACUACUUUUGUUAGUUGUGAAAAUCCACUGCUGUCAAUCCAGAAUGGUACCUCUGAUAUGCCUCGUACAGGUUGUAAUGAUGGCUGGGUUUUCGAAAGCUCACGUUCAAGUAUUGUAAUCGAGUAUGAGCUUGUGUGUAAAGAUGCUUGGAUGUUGGAUAUGUCUCAAGCUUCCAUUGAAACAGGAUUCCUAGUUGGAGCGAUAAUCACAGGCUACAUUGCAGACAGAUUUGGUCGAAAAGUGUGUUUGUUGAUCUCACUGUUUGGAGUCGCACUCACUGGUAUCAUUGUAUCAUUUGCACCAAACUACCCAUUGUUUCUGAUUUUUCGUAUUCUUCAAGGCAUAUUUGGAAGAGGAAUAUGUAUAACAAAUGCUGUCAUUGCUACAGAAAUUGUUGGAGCAAAAUACAGAAAGGUUGUUGCAAUCAUAACGCAGUCAGCCUUUGGGGUGGGGAUAAUGUUACUUCCCGGCAUUGCCUAUUGGAUCAGGUCUUGGAAAGGACUUCAAAUUGCUGCUUCUGUACCAAACUUUAUUUUGCUGCUUUACUGCUGUUUAAUUCCCGAAUCUCCUCGGUGGCUUUUAUCUCGCAAGAGAAAUAGAGAAGCAUUUAAAAUUACUCAGCAUAUGGCAGAACAAAAUGGAAAGUGUCUCCCCGCAAACUACAAUGAGAUGCUACUAGGGGAAAACAUUACUGGGGAGAUAAGCAACCCUUCCAUUUUAGAUUUGUUCAGGACUCCACAGAUGAGAAAGCACACCCUUAUUUUAAUGUACUCCUGGUUCACCGGUGCUGUGGUGUAUCUGGGACUUAUUUUGCGUUUGGGACUUCAGGAAGAUGACGUUUACUUUGAUGUUUUUAUUGCUGGUGUUGUGGAACUACCAGCCACAUUUCUAAGCGUUAUAGCUGUCGAUCGAGUGGGCCGACGUAAACCGUUUAUCUUAUCCAACCUUAUGGCAGGAUUGUUCUGUGUAAUAUCUAUCUUUAUAUCGAAAGAAAUGUACUGGCUAAAGUCCUGUUUGGUCACGUUGGGCAGAUUUGCAAUUACCAUGUCCUUUAGUGUGCUUUACCUUGUAAACACAGAACUGUAUCCUACCUCAAUACGGAACCUUGGUGUUUCUGUGUGUUCAUCAUUAUCAGAUAUUGGGGGGAUCGUAACCCCAUUUCUGCUCUUCAGAUUAGGAUUUAUUUGGUCUGAGCUGCCUAUCAUCGUAUUUGGUGUGCUUGCAUUGAGCUGCAGUGGCUUAUUGCUACUUUUGCCUGAAACAAGGGGCAUGAGAUUACCAGAAACUGUGGAGGAUGUCGAAAAUAUUUCAAGACUUUAUGAAUGGGACCAUGAUGUGACUAAGGAGAUGAUCAAUAUUUCCACUUCUACCUAAAGAAUAAAGGCAACAUUUCCUAAAGGAAACCACCGCCUAUCUCAGAAUGUUCUGUGAAGCAUUUUGAGACGUCUAGCAGAUGUGAAAACCGCUAUAUAAAAUGCAAGGAUUAUUAUUAGUAUUAUUAUUAUUAUUAUUAUGUUGACUUCCACAGUGUUAAUUUCAGUCAUUUGAGCACUGUCAAAAAAAUAAACAUUCAAUCGUGUUACAGAAAAUUAUUGUCAUUCUGACAUUGUGAAGAGUAAGUGAAUGAAUAAUAAAAAGUAGUCAAAUAAUGUUCUUAAGCUAUCUCUGCAUUUUCCAAUCUACCAGUUAACAUUGUUCUGAAUGUAAAGAUUACAGUAUUUACAGUUGAACAUAAACUUUGAUGUUUAGCCUAGAUAGAUGCAAAUAUUUGCUCACAAAUAAAGUCACUCUAGUUAACAGUAGAUCCUGUAAUGCGUCCUGACGUCAAACAUGCUUUACCAAAUGUAAUGAUUAUUAUUUAUCAUUAAACAAAAUUGAUUCUUUA